AAUCUGGCUGUUUAUCAAACCCAUGUUUUGGAGGUGCCACGUGUAUCGAUCUCCCCUUUAAUGAUAUGUCAGGAAGUGGAGCAGAUUCAGGCAGUGGGACUAUGUCGGGUGAUGGCUCAAUGUCUGGAAGCGGAGACAGUUCUGGAAAGGAUUCAAGCGGAUCGUCCUCCGGAUCUGGCUUUAGCGGUUGGGGCUCAAAUGAUGGGAUAUACGGCUACAGUGAAACUGACAACGCAUAUUCUGGAUCACCAAGUGGUUUAGGGAGUGGAGGAUAUGUUGAAAUAGGAAUGGGAAGCGGUGAUGAAACUGCUACAUCAAGAAAGCGCAGUUUCGAGUGCAAAUGUCCAUCUGGAUAUAGCGGACCACUUUGUGACAAACGAAAUCCACCAAAAACUGGAUGCCUGUCAAACCCUUGCUUUGGAGGUUCCACUUGCAUUGAUCUUGAUCAGGGUAUAUCAGGAAGUGGAUCAUCAUCAUCAUCUGGAAAUGGUUUCGCAUCAGGCAGUGAUAGUUCAAACUUAGAAGGUGAAUCUGGAUCCGGAUCUGGAUUUAGAGCUAGUGGGUGGGGCUCAGAGGGUGGUAUAUAUGGCUUCGGACUCGAAGAGGAUGACCUUCCUAGCGCUGGAAGUGGCAGUGGAGGUGAAUCGUGGUCCAGCGGAGAUGAUGUCAGUGGAAGUGGUAUGGCUAGUGGAGAGGGAAGCGGCUUAGAACCGGCAUUUAUGUGCAAGUGUCCACCUGGUUUUACUGGCGAUCUUUGUGAAAAUAAUGUAGAGCCUUGUAAAGACAAUCCAUGUGUCCAUGGCAUAUGCGUACCAGUGAACAAAUCAUCACCAGGGUAUGGUGAAUCGUCUGGAUCUGGAUCUGGCUCAGGAUUGGGAUCUGGAGAUCUAGAAAAUGUCACAUAUGAAGAAUACGGACCCGAUGAUCUUGUCACUAGAAAGACAGAAAAUGGGUUCGUAGAUCCACUUUCAAGGUCCAACAAUAAAAAUGGAGGACAUAAAGAGAGUCGUAAAAGAGCAUUUGUAUGUGUUUGCGAUGAUGGAUUCAAAGGACUCAAAUGCGAUAAAGAGGACAAUUGGAAAAGUGGUUCGGGAUCAGGUAGUGGGUCAAUCUCCGGCUCUGGUAGUGGUUCAGGAGAUGUUUCUGGAUCUGGAGAAAGUGAAGCGAGUGGCUCAGGGGGUUUCUCAGGAUCUGGCGAAUCUGGUUCAGGAGUAACUGUCGUGGUUGCUUCGGGAUCAGGAGAUUUAUCUGGAUCUGGCGAAUCUGGAUCUGGCGAAUCUGGAUCAGGAGUAAAUGUCGUGGAUGUUUCCGGAUCAGGAGAUUUAUCAGGAUCAGGCGAAUCUGCCUGUUUGUCAAACCCAUGCUUUGGAGAUGCCACAUGCAUUGAUAUCA